AGUGACGCGCGUUCCCGGUCACCCAGGGCGCGCGGUUCCGUUUCCGCUGUGGCGCCCCCUGGUGCCUCGGCCGCGUGUUUCCCGCUCUCGGCCUCGCGUCCCGACGAUGGAGGCAGCGGCGGCGGCGGAGGGCACCGAGCCGGGCAGCGGCGGCGGGGGCGGCGCGGAGGAGCCCGUGGUCUCCUUGGCGGAGGUGCUGGCGGAGAACGAGGAGCUGGAAAAAGAGGCGCGGGCGGUACUGGGGGGCAGCGACCACGAGCGAUGCAGCUACUCCCAGGGAGCCGUGAAGCGGCAAGCGCUGUACGCCUGCAGCACCUGCACGCCGCCCGGGGAGGAGCCGGCGGGGAUCUGCCUGGCCUGCAGCUACGAGUGCCACGGCACCCACCGCCUCUUCGAGCUCUACACCAAGAGGAACUUCUGUUGUGACUGUGGAAAUAGCAAGUUCAAAAAUCUGCAGUGCAAGUUGCUCCCAGAAAAGAGCAAGGUGAAUUCAGGAAAUAAGUAUAAUGACAAUUUCUAUGGAUUGUACUGUACUUGUAAAAGACCAUAUCCUGAUCCUGAAGAUGAGAUUCCAGAUGAGAUGAUCCAAUGCAUAGUUUGUGAAGACUGGUUCCAUGGAAGGCAUCUUGGUGCAGUUCCCCCUGAAAGUGGAGACUUCCAUGAAAUGGUGUGCCAAGCCUGCAUGAAUCGCUGCCAGUUCCUCUGGGCCUAUGCGUCCCAAUUAGCAGUUCCUCCUCUGACCAAAGUGAACUCCUUGGAAGAUGAAGGGAUUCUCCUGAAGGUUGAUGAAAGUGAGGAGCAGAAGAAAGAAAUAAAAAAAGAAAGUGAAGUGGAACACCCGGAAAAAAAGGAGGAAAAGCAAAUGGAACAGUUGAACGAACCAUCUACCAGCUCUGGGUCUGCUUGUCCAGAGGUGGUUACUAAGAGUGAGAAGCCAGUCUGCAAGCUGAAAGAACUCCAAAGCAAGCAAUUUUUAAUAAAAGAUACUGCCACCUUUUGGCCAUCGAAUUGGAGAAGCAAAUUAUGCACCUGUGAAGACUGUUUGAAAAUGUAUUCAGAGCUUGAAGUCCAAUUCUUGACAGAUGAAUGUGACACUGUUUUGGCUUAUGAAAAUAAAGGUACCAGUGACCAAGAAACAGAGAGGAGAGAUCCUUUAAUGGACACCCUUAACAGCAUGAACAGAGUCCAGCAAGUAGAACUCAUCUGUGAAUACAAUGAUUUAAAGACAGAACUGACUGACUAUCUCAGGAGAUUUGCAGAUGAGGGAACGGUCGUUAAACGAGAAGACAUUCAGCACUUCUUUGAAGAAUUUCAGUCACGGAAAAGACAACGGACUAACAGGAUGCAGUACUACUGUAGUUAGACUGAAAGGGUCUGGGUCUGAAAGGAGAACUAGUAAAAGAAUUGGCAAACAGAAAGAGGCAUCUUCAUUAUUUAGCUUCUCAUGGAAAUUUAACUGUCCAAGAAACUUCUUCAUUUUGUCUCAUAAUUCCUUUAUUUGUAGCGACUGAAAUGCGUUCUUAAUGGGUACAUUGCAUUCAUGGGGAUUUCAGUACUGAUGACUUUGCAUUCCUGUGAUAGCUGGCUUUGUCUUAAAGGAGAGGCUGGCUUGUCACAGGAACAGCGUGGCCACUUUGUAUUUCUUUUAGCCUUUCACUUAUUUUACAGUUAGUGCCUAUAGCUGUAUGCUCUACUAGAACGGGGUGGGGUCUGCUCCUCCUCCCUCCUGUACAGUGCAGGCAGGCACCAGGCACUGGGUGUGCUUUGCAAGGCUGCAGCGCAUUGCUUUCCUGCUCUCAGUGGCUCUGUGUCAUCUCUUGGGGUGCAGUGAUUACAGCAAAUGCUCCCUGCACAAAGCAAGUGUCUACUUACUGCUCAGAGGGAGGGCACGUCACCUGAAAGGGUAAAGCAGGCACACGUCGUGGUCACAGCUGUUGGGUGCAACCACAUCCUAACGUUGUGUCACAUCAGGUGAACUGAACAGCACUGUCCUGCAUGCUCCCUGGGCAGGUGAAAAAUCAGAAGACAUAGGUUAGGCAACAGAAUGUUCUGUUUUUAUAAAUUCUAAAACUUUGUUUCUAAUAUUGUAGGAUGAUGUUUUACAUGUAAAAAUUUGUCGUGUGGAAUUUAUCCACUCAGUAGAAUAUAAACAAUAUCUAGGAGGAGGUACUAAAUUACCAGUUAAGCACUGGGGGGUUGUUAGAGGACUCCUAAUGUGCUUCAAUUUUAAAAGUUAGCCUACUGCAAGUUAUUGUACUUCACAAAUGUUCCUAGGAAGACUCUUAAUAUCCUGGCAUUUUGCUACAGUAUAGAAAAUAUAGAUCUUUUUUAUAAUCACUGUGAUAAUAAUGGAACAGGAGAUAUUUCACUGACUUUUAAGAAUCUACACUUACCUACAAUUAAGUACCAACUUUUCUUAAGUUUGGAGUCUAACGUAGUUUUCAGUUUUCCUUACCCACAACCCCCAAAACAACCCUUAAGUUCUAGUUUUUAACUCCUGCUUUAUGUAGUUGAAGGACUUUACCAUGGGGUACACUACUUCCAUGUUAAUGACUUUUGAGAAGAAAAUUGGAUCUUUACUUAUCAUUCUCCUUAUUAAUUGUUUCUGACCACUUUACUUACAAAAGGUAGUUCUAGUAUAGAGGCUCAGUUCACCAGUUUGUUUCACAUGACUGGUUGCUUUUAAACUUAACUCUGGGUAUUGUAUGUGCUUUUUUUUUUUGUAGCGACUGUUAUGGGAGUUGUAAUGCAUAUCUAACUACAAUAUCUAAACAUUAAAUAACUGUU